CUCAAGCGAGUCGAAACGAAACAUCGCCAGAUACAGAUACAUUUUGUCUGGUUGUAGCACUUGGUCAGCCGCCUCGUUCUCGUCUGUUUCGUUUUGUUUGCGCGCGCGGCAAUUGCUUGAGUUUAAUUCCUACUCCGAUUCCAAAUUUCGAUUCCAAAUCCAAUUUCGAUCCCAAAAAUAAAACCGACCUAUACUUACGCGCCAGUGAAUCCUGUCCAGCCAUGUCGACGGCGCUACGAUAAUAUGCCAUCCGAUCGGCGCGUUCUUGUGAACUCUGACAUGGUGCUGCUGUUGACAACCUUCGCCAUCGAAAAGCCAACAAAAACAGCCACUGCCACUGGUAAUAGUACGGGCACUGCCGAAAAGAAAGCCAACCCAGAAUGCCAAAGGUGACCAAGUUAAUGGUGCAGCUCUCGAAAGUGAAUGCAUUUAGCGCGGUGUGUGAAGUUUAAGCAUAACAUUGGCCCGCCACGAAUUCUGUGAUUCGGCAAAAAGAUUCAUCAUGAGAUCGUACAAUCGCUCUAGAAGUAAAGUAGUUUAUUUUAGCUAAUCGCAGCCAUAAGUGUGAGUCGUUUUUAAUAUCCACGAGCCGAAGUCUACUCUUUUUCAUUUCUUUGGCGGGUGCGGUGCCCACGGCAACGGAACGAGACGCUCGCAUUUCAAUUAACAAAAUAAGCAAAGCCAAAGAGCCAGCAAAAGUGUACACAUAUACAUAUAGCCAGCCAGCGUAUACGCACAGUGGAUUGUGCGAUUGCGAUUGUGAUUUCGCGGGCAUUUUUGCACGUGCCACGGGAGAUUGGAAUCGCCAGAGUCCGUGGUUACCAUUACCCGUGCAUCCGAUCACCAUGUCCAUGCCGGAAGCCGGUUCGCCGGAAACUGCCGGCCAGGAGGCCGAGUGCCAUCGACUGCUGCCCGAGCAGGAGGACCAUUCGAAGUCUCCAGCCUACUCAUACGCCAGCACCACGCUCCGCUCCACCACAUCCGGCCACAGCAUCCGGACCAACAGCACCACCGUCUGCGAAUCCCCCGGAGCCGGAGAGCCCUUUCCAUCCUUCUUCACCGACGCCGACGAGGAGGACCUUGUCUGCUGUCUGCGGGGGGCGGCGAACGACCUUGACGAUGCCGGCCUGCGGUACUCCUUCAAAGGACCACCGCCGGAGCUGUACUCCCCGAAGAAGGACUUCAUAAGCUCGGGACCGCUGCUGGACAGACAGCUCGUGCUGAAGAAGAGGUGUGAAUGGUGGUUCUACAAGUACAAGUGCAGCCAAAAGAUGUCCACCCACUGGCGGCAGCACGCCCGUCUGUAUGCCUGCGGCCUCGGCUUCGCCAUGUUGCUGUUGAUCAUGUUCUUCCACGGAUUUCCGAGUGCCCAUAAAGCGGCGCGGCUGGAGCUGCCCCAGAGCAGCCAGAACCAAAACCAAAACCACAACCACAAGCUGCCCCACCCCACUGUCAUCAGCAUGCCUGCCCCACCAGUCACGCUUCAUCCCAGAAAUUUCGAUAACGACACCCAGGCGGAUGGGUUGAAGGACCUGAACGAGGAGGAGCACAGCACCUACGCCAUGCCCACCAAGGUCUACAACUACAGCCUCAGCGAAGGCGAUCUGCUCUACGAGUCGAAGCGAAACAGCGACCUCAACAGUUUUCUAAAAGAUUCCUCCACGGCCUUUAUCAAGACGGGAACGUACCGCAACAGGACCAACAAGAUCUGGGACCCGCAUCCGGAGUACAACCUGAAUGUGUUCGGCCACCAGUUGCACUUGGUGCUGCGCCAGGACUCCUCGUUCGUCCAGAACCACACGCUGCAGCUGGACCAGGAUGGGGAGCAGGACCAGGAGCUGGAUUCGGAGCCGGAGCAGCACCACCUGGGAUGCCACUACACCGGCAACGUGGAGGGCGAUCCCCAGUCAAUGGUGGCAGUCUCGCUCUGCGGCGGCAUGACUGGUUUAAUCAAAACCAGUUUCGGCGCGCUCCUCAUCCAGCCAUACAACCGGACCAGCAGCGAUGAGGUUCUGCACCGGGUCUGGCGGAAAUCGCACCGCAAUGCCAGACAGGCUGUCUCCAGUCUCGAGCUGGGCCUGGACGCCCUGGUGAGCCAGAUGGAGCGGGAGCUGGAGCGCCACAGACCCGAGUCCCGUACACUCAGCCGAUCGAAGAGGCACUACGCCGACACGGACAACCAGCUGUACACCGUGGAGGUGCUCAUUGCCGUGGACUCCAGCAUGGUGCGCUUCCACGGCGACGACCUGAAGCCCUACAUCCUCAUCCUGCUCUCGAUCGUGUCCAGCAUCUUUGGGGACGCCAGCAUCGGCAAUUCCAUCCGGAUCUCGCUGGUGAAACUACUUGUGCUGCCCCAGACCAACGAUCAGCACAAGUCCAGCAACGAUAUGCUGAGGCGUUUCUGCACCUACAUCAACCAGUACGGCUACCAAAGGGACACUGCCAUGCUGAUCACCCGCGAAAACAUCUGCGGCAGUGUGCCGGGCAAGAUCUGCCACAUGCUGGGCCUGGCCGAGUUGGGCACCGUCUGCAGCGAGAGGUCCUGCUCCAUUGUCCAGGACACGGGACUGCCCACCGCCUUCACCAUGGCCCACGAGCUGGGACACAUACUUAGCAUGAACCACGACGAUGACGACAAGUGUGCGCCGUACAUCACGAGGCCCAACAACAACAACAACAACAAGCAGCUGCACAUCAUGUCCAGCAUGAUGGGCAUCCACAUGCACCCGUGGUCAUGGUCGAAGUGCUCCCGCCACUUUGUGUCCGAGUUUCUCGAGAAAACGGAUAAGAGCUGCCUGGAGACCUCCGUGGGUGAGCACAUACCCUACGGCACCAAGCGGCUGCCCGGGGAGAUCUACUCGCUGGACAACCAGUGCCAGCUGAGCUUCGGCAACGAGUUCGGCUACUGCCCCUCGGACGAGGAGUGCCGGCGGCUGUGGUGCAAGCCGACGCCGGGCAGCCCCAACGACCAGUGCAGCUCCAGCAAUCUGCCGUGGGCGGAUGGGACGCCCUGCGGCACCAGUGGCCACUGGUGCCAGAAGGGCAGGUGCGUGUCCAACAAGCAUGGCUACGGACGCAAGGUGAACGGCGGCUGGGGUCCAUGGACGCCCUUCACGCCCUGCAGCCUCACCUGCGGGGGCGGGGUGCAGGAGUCGCGGCGGGAGUGCAACCACCCGGUGCCGGAGCACGAUGGCAAGUACUGCACGGGCAGCCGGAAGAAGUACCGCUCCUGCAACACCCACCAGUGUCCGGAGGGCAGCAUGGACUCGCGCGAACAGCAGUGCUACGACAUGAACGGACGGGACAUGAACAUUCCGGGUGUCAAUUCGGCCACAAAGUGGGUGCCCAAAUACCAAAAGGAUGCGUGCAAGUUGUUCUGCCGCAUCGACCAGAAGGUGACCUACUUCAUGCUCAAGAGCAAGGUCAUCGACGGCACCUCCUGCGCGGUGGACAGCUUCGACAAGUGCGUCAACGGCAUCUGCCGGCCGGCGGGAUGCGACAACGAGCUCAACUCGAUAGCCAAGCUGGACAAGUGCGGCGUGUGCGAGGGUCGCAAUGACACAUGCCACGAAAUUACCGGAAAUCUGCGCGUCUCCAAUCUCCUGGGGCUGAAUGACGGGAAUGACCCAAACAAGACAACCUACUAUGUGACGACAAUACCAAAAGGUGCCUCCAACAUAAUGAUCAAGCAACCUGGCUAUUCGGAGCAAAAUUUCAUUGUGCUAAGCGAUGACAGGCGGAAAAACCUUCUCAAUGGCGAUUUGGUGAAGACAUAUCCAUGGAGUUUUGUAUAUGCCGGGGUAACGAUGCACUACAGCGGCUCCAGCAAUCCGGUGGAGCAGGUGAACACGACCUACUCAUGGAAGUUGUCACGUGAUCUAAUAGUUCAGAUCAUCUCCCUCGAUGUGAGCCCUGCUGUGCAACAAGACACCGUACUAAUGUCCUACUCCUACACCAUCGACAAGCCACCGAGUCUGGAGGCGGAGGUUGAGAUCUACCGCUGGGAAAUGCAGGCCCCCAGCAACUGCGAUUCGCUCUGCGAGGGCAGAAGCCAUCGGCAGCCGGCCUGCAUCAGCACCACCCAGGGUCUGAAGGUCGCCCCCCAGUUCUGCGACAAGUCCGCCAUGCCCAAGGUCGAGGAUCGGGCCUGCAACACGGAAUGCCGCCUCAAUCUCACGGUCACGAGCAUUUCAGAGUGCUCCGCCGCCUGUGGAGAAUUGGGUACCCGCGAGAAGACCUUCCAGUGCAUUCAGACAUUCCCAAAUAUGCAGCGUUCCAAUAUUGUGGAUAUGUCCUAUUGCAAGCUGAAGUUUGACGUGGCUCAUCACGAGGAGUGUCGUGAGGGGUGCUGGCUCCUAUCAGACUGGUCAUCGUGCUCCAAGUCCUGUGGCACCGGUUCCCGGCAACGUGAGGCUCAUUGCUAUCUACACAAUGCACGAGUCAGCGAAGAUAGAUGUAAUCCCCGAACCAAGCCCCAUUUGAGCACUCUGAUCGAUUACUGCAACACGGAUCCCUGCCCCACAUACACCGAAUCUCCUAAUGCCGUGGCGGCUAGUAACUGGGUGAUUGGAGAGUGGGGCGAGUGCGAUGAUUGGUGCGAGAAGAGUCGCUCUGUGAGCUGUUCAAAUCCCUAUGGAAUCGGCUGCGAUAGCCGGAAGCCCAAGGAAGUACGCAAGUGCUGCCACAUCAAGUACACUAGCGAAUGGACCCAGUGUUCGGUGCAAUGUGGCGAGGGGCAAAAGUGGAAGAAACAACGCUGCACGCGAGUCUACAAGCCAGAAGUUCCGGGCACUCCAAAGCGCCGCGUUUACAUCGAUGAAUCCUACUGCGUGAGCCGCAACAUAAGGCGACCCAAGCUGCGCACCACCACCAAGACCUGCAAGAUCAACUGCAAGUGGAAUGCCUCGGACUGGUCGCGAUGUCCUGCGGACUGCUCGGAGGACUACCAGACGCGCUACGUGCGCUGCGAGUCCUGGCAGGGCGACAGUGUGGAGGAGGGCCACUGCGAUCCCAAGAAGCGCCCCUCCAAGCGCCGCAUCUGCAGCAGCUGCAUGCGCCGCCAGUCGAAGGUCAUCGCCCAGUGCAACUGCGAUGGAGUCGAGAAACGGAAAGACAUCUGCUACAACUCGCACAAGGGUCGCAUCGCCUGUCCAACACGCUCCAAGGUGGAGCGGCACCGCUGUACUCCGCCGCCGCAAUGCCGGAGGAGGAGUGCCAUCGGGAGCAGCAUCAGCAGCAGACCCAGUAAUAGCAACAGUAUCAGUAGCAGCAGGAUCAGCAGCAGCAGGAUCAGCAGCAGCAGCAGUAGCAGCAGCAGCAGGAGCUUGAAUGCGAUUAGCGGGCCAAGGGGUCAGGAGAGACCCAGGAGCUGUGCGGAUCUGCAGAGGAUGCACGGCUACAACACGGACGGCGACUACCAGCUGGAGGUGCGGUCUCGGAUUGUGCGCCUCUACUGCCACCAGAUGAACAGGGGGACACCGCGCGAGUACGUAAACGUGGAUCCGCAGGAGAACUAUUCCAUCUACUAUGAGUUCAGGACGAAGCAGACCAACAGUUGUCCGCCGGAGUCGCGACACCACGAGUACUACAACGACCAGAACUCGGGGCGGACGCACUUCAGCAAGCUGCGCCUGAACAUCACCGAUCUGCGGAUCCUGGACAACGACUUCGAGUUCGCCGACUCGCGGGGUCAGCCGCAGAAGCUCGGAUCGGCGGGCGAUUGCUACAACCGCAAUGGUCAGUGUCCGCAGGGCGACUUCUCCAUCAACCUCAAGAACACGGACUUCACCAUUCGCCCGGGCACCGUGUGGACGAAGCAUGGCCGGUUCUCGGUCAUGAAGCGCGUCAGUGAGUUUGAUAACACCUCGGAGAUGCGGAGAGGCUUCUGCGGUGGAUACUGCGGGGGUUGCUAUAUAGCGCCUGAUUCUGGUCUGUACCUGGACGUAUUCCAACGGUAUCCUGACCUUCCCACGGUAAUCGGGUCUACGUCCCGGGAAGGACCAAGGGCUAACCCCCAGCAUCGUCAUCUUCGAGGGUUAUCCCAGCCAAGAAUUACCAAGCAGCAAACAAAAACACUGAAUGGCGAUGGUUAAAAGUAUUCUCGAAUAUUAGUUAGGAUAUGUAUACCUAAGGAAUCGUAUCGAAGUAGCCCGAACAAAAGCGAAAUUUGUGUACAUAUAACAUAUAACUAUAUUUCAACCGAAAUUAGAAACUAGAUAUUAUUGCCAUGUAAUGUAUUAAGCAUUGUAAAUAUCAGAGGACUCGAGCCUUUUAUAAAGCGAAUAAGUAUAAUUGACCAAAAUACAAUCCAUAAGUCGGACGGUAACCGUUAGGUAAUUAAGGCCGCUCAGUUAAACCCGUAUUUAUGCUAACGAUAUACAGUGAUGAUUAGGUAAAGUAAACACCUAUGAACUUUUUUCUUGACAAAGGAAUGCAUUUUUAAUAAAUUGUGUAUUGGCUUAUUUUUUGCCGAUUUUAAAAUAUACGAUUUUUAGGCUAACAUAUAUCUACACUUUCCGUUUACCCAUACCCUAUUCUUAUAUUCCUUUUACCCUAUCUAAGCAUAUUGAUGCACUAUUAUUAUUCUACCUAUUAUGAUAAUAAAGGUGGUAACUUUCCAUCACUAAAGAUUUCCGAAAACAAAGAGCUCGACUAAACUAGUGCAAUGCCGGUCUGUACAAUAAUUGUAUUAGCUAAGCUUCGCAAUUAAUUAGUUAAGAGGAUAUUUCGGAGAUAUUGUAUGUGUAACUAAACGAAUACUCAUAUUAUUUAGGACACCCCCGACCGCACAAGCCAAAACCAAACUAUUCAUCUAAUUAACACUGCUGAAGGAACAUUUUCGACUAAAACAGUCACUGCCAGACUUUUAAUGUUCAAUCCAUCAUGUCCCUAAUAGCCUAAGUCCCGGUACCAAGUAUCCUCGCCGUAUUUUCAUUUAACUAGCUAGGCUAAUGCAAAACCAAUGUUAACAAUUAAUUUAAUGUCAAUUAAAGGAAUUUAAAGCUGU